GAGGAAAUGCCUCCUCGUGCGGACUUGAGGACACUUAUGAAGGAGUAUCCCUUGCCUAAUAUUCCUCCUGGCAUAGUGUCUCCGGAGUCUACGGUUGACAACGCACCAACUGUCCAAGCACAAACCGUGUUGGAUCGUCUCAGUGCUGGCAUUGCUGCGAAGAACGCAAGUGCAAUUGCUGCCUGCUUCUACGAUACCCAAGCCUGGUGGAAGGAUAGCCUUGCCUUAACUUAUCACCUAAGGACAUUUAUGUCACCUAAUGUUAUAGCAGAAGCUCUUCUGGAGUUAGUGGACCAUCGAGGCUGCGGAAAGCUCUCCGCCGAAGGAGAAGCAGUCUUCAUCCCAGCAACCCCAUUUCUCCAAUUUAUCGACUGUGCAAUUAACUUCCGCACCUCGACUCCUGGUGCUACAUGCACUGGCAAGAUUGUCCUUCUACCAUCCAAAACGGCCAAUGACUCUGUUGAGUGGAAGAUUUGGGUUCUCAACACCAGACUUGAAAGUCUCAACCUCCAUCCAGAGGAUGAGAAACUGCUCCACGCCCCUGCCCAGCGUAUUGAUAGCGCUGGCGACCUCGAGACGGAUGUGUUGAUUUUGGGCGCUGGAAAUGCAGCGGUGUCCCUUGCUGCCCGCCUCAAAGCACUCGGGGUGUCCUACAUAAUGGCAGAAAAGAAUGCCAAGGUUGGAGACAACUGGGCACUCCGAUAUGACAAUCUCAAGUUUCACGUCCCAACGUCAUUCUGCGAGAUGCCGUAUCUGAACUAUCGAGACGAACUCAAGUCCCCCCAUCUACUAUCCAAGAACGACCUUGCUGAGCAAGUCAUCAGAUACGUUGAAGCCUUCCAUCUCAAUGUGAUCACGUCUGCAAAGUUGAUCUAUACGGUGUGGGACAAAAAGACUAGGACUUGGCAGGCUACCUUUGACACUUUGGCUGGGCCCCGGGCCGUCAAGGCCAAGCAUUUCGUGCAGGCUACGGGUGUUGGCUCUCAAAAGCCUUACCUGCCUCAGAUUGCAGACGGAGGAUACCAGGGCAAAUCUAUGCACUCGCAAAGCUUCCGCAACGGCAAAGCUCUUGCUGCAGAUGGUGUCAAAUCCGUGAUUGUGGUCGGAUCUGCCAACACAGCUUUCGAUGUCCUAGAGGACUGCCACUCGGCCGGUUUGCAGGUCACAAUGGUCGUCCGCUCUCCAACCUUCAUCUGCCCAACCGAAUACGUCCUGGACCAGCGCAGCCUUGGAGCGUACAACCUCGGCGUCGAAGCUGCCGAUCGCCUUUUCCUUUCACUUCCCUCUCCUGUCGAUGGUGCUCUUGCCAAGGGACUCUUCACAAUGAUGGCCUCUCAAGAGCCCGAUCGCUACAAGCCGUUGGCUGAUGCUGGCUUCCCCGUCCUCACAGCACUUGAUCCCCAGUGCGCACUCAUGUCGAACCUCAUUGAGAACUGCGGAAAGCAUUACAUGGACGUGGGAGUCACACAGCUCAUUGCCGACAAGAAAGUCUCACUGAAGACAUUGGUAGAGCCGAAGGCGUUCACCAAGACCGGUCUCGAGUUCUCGGACGGAAGUGUUUUGGACGCAGACGCUGUCAUCUGGUGCACCGGAUUUGACGACAUGAACAUCAAGAAGAACGUGGCCGACAUGCUAGGUAGUGAGAAUGCCAAGAUUGAAGAUGGUCAGUUAGGCCCCAAGGAGCUAGCCUCUCGUCUUGACACGACCUGGGGAAUCGACGCAGAAGGCGAGAUCAGGGGUAUGUGGAAGCGUCAUCCGCGCCUUGAAGGUGUGAACUAUUGGAUCGCAGGUGGCUAUACUCAGCUGCAUCGCUUCCACUCACAGACGCUGGCUCUGCAGAUCAAGGCUGAGCUGGAGGGGAUUCUUCCUCCUCCAUACCUCAAGACCCCAGGGGGUUAUGUUUAG